AUGUCUAGCAGGGCAAUAACCAGCGACGAUGAAACUUUAAAUUUCAAACCACAGCUCACACAAAAAUGGUUGCAGCAAUGGAAGGAGAGGAAAAAUUCACAAGCUUGCACACAAUGGAACAUUAAUAAUCAAAUUACUUACGAAGUCAUUCUAAGCUUCAUAACUUUCAAUGGUGUUCUGUUACUUCACUGUUUUGCAUAA